AUAAUCGCCGAUCAACUGUCAAACUGGACACUGACAACUAAUUAUCACAUAGCGGUGCGAGAAAAUGAGUGGAUUGAUAGUGAAUAUAUUGCGCAGGAGAGCUUUCUACGCAAUCAACAACAAAGUUUCAGAACUAUCGAUUCCCGCUUUAAUUCUAAACAGGGAUUUCAGUUCGACUCUAAGAUUCCAACAAAAGCAAAAUGUUGACUCCAAAAAUUCCAGUGACGACGACAAAAAAAAGAAAAAGGAUUUAGUCAAGAUAACUCUGCUUGGGAAAAAUAACGUGACGGUCACGUCGCUUGAAGAGGCUCAGAAACUCUCUCACCGCAGGAACAUGACGCUGGUGAAAGUGCAGGAUUUUGACGUGAAAACCCAGCGACCAGUGUACCAAAUGCUCACCACAUCCGAACUUCUUACUGAAGAGGGAUCAGAUAAAAAGAGUGCAGGUUCCUCGAAGAAAAAUGAGAAACUCCUCAACAUCGGAAGUCGAAUUGCUGACCAUGACCUCGCUUCCCGGCUCAAAAAUAUUUCCAAGUGGCUUCAGAAAGGAAUCGAAGUGCGAGUCCUAAUUCAUGGAACCGAUGCCAGCGAUCCAGGUGUAGAGAAAGUGUUUAAUGCCGUUGAAAACGCCAGCAAAGAGGCUGGGGCGCGUAUAGUCCAAAAAGUGAAUAAAGGCGGGAAUAUGAAAUUUAACAUAAUUCCGCCCAGCGCAGGCUCCUCCGAAGGAAAAGGCUCGUGACUAGAUUCAAACGCCAGAAAAGGCGUGUUGUUAAUUGCAUUGUUAUUGAUUGUAAAAUAUGCAGCAUGGAUAUUAGUCCUAAAGUCAAGAUGAAAAUGGUUUCGUUUCUUAACGUUCUUAAGACUGCUUUUAAAGUAAAUAAGAUUGUGUUUAGCAUUCAUAUUGCAUCUGUUUUUCAUUGUUAGUUUACGGCAGUCCUUAAAAUGUCUUCCAUUGCUCUAAUUUCGCACGCGGCGAUAGUUUCAACAAAGUAAUAAAUCGCAUUAUGUUCGGA